AUGGCCUACCAAGUCUGCUAUCAAAAGUUAAGUGAGCUAUCAACUCUUGUUCAGUCACACGGAACCUUUGUGCUGGUGUUUUGUAUUUUAAACAUGGUGUUUUCUCUUGUGGCAAUUGCUGCAAAUUUGUUGGUAAUUCGCGCUCUUUGGAAAACUUCAUCGAUACCAGCCACUAUAAAAAAGUUGUUCCUGAGUCUCGCUUUCUCGGAUCUUGCUGUAGGAAUGGUGGUGCAACUAAUGUUUGUCAUUAUCAACGCGGUGAUGUUAAGAAUGGCGUCGAUUGGAAACAAAAACUUUGCCACAUUUUGUCCAACAAUUCUGAGUGUAUUUUAUUUCUUAUUUUCCCUUCUCUGCUGCGCUUCGCUUCUAAACAUAACAGUCAUUGCAGUCGAUAGACUUCUCGCUAUUUCAUUGCAUCUGAGAUAUCACGACCUUGUUACUGCGAAACGUAUCAAUCUAAUAUUGGCAUCACUAUGGUUAACAAGUGGUGGUGUCGGCGCCAUGUUUAUCUUAUUUCGUACGAUAAAUAACACGGUGGGUGCAGCUUUUCAAGCUUUGGGACUCCUCUUGAUGACAGCAGCAUAUAUCCGCAUUUACAAAGUUGUAAAAUAUCAUCAGAAUCAAAUCCAGAGUCAGUUGCAUUCACAAAACGCUCAAGCAAUGGAUCUUCUUCGACAAAGGAAGUCGGCUUUAAACGCUUUAUUUGUUUAUUUAGUAUUCUUAGCAUGUUACGUUCCACUUUUUCUCUCUCUAUUGUUGCUGCUUACGGUCACUGUAGAGAUUCCUUUGUUGUUGUUUGACCAUGCUUCUGUUUUCUUGAUAUUUCUAAAUUCCUCAUUAAACCCCAUACUCUACUGUUGGCGAUAUCAUGAAAUUCGUAGAGCAGUCAAAAGCGUUUUAAAGAGGGUAUUUUGCAGAGACAAUAAUGAUACUUAG